GACUCACCGCCGAGCUCCAACAAACACGACAGCAAAGAAGAAUAGCAACGACGACACCGACAAAAAAAAUGGUUUCCGACUCGGACCUAAUCUCUCGACUCCGUGAGUUCCUCCGGGAAUCGGACCUGAACACCACCACCACCGCUAUCGUACGGCGGAAAUUGGAGGAGGAUUUCGGAGUGGAUUUGUCGGAUAAGAAGAAGUUUAUUAGAGAGCAGGUAGAUUUGUAUCUCCAAACUCAGGUCGGGAAUGCAGAAGAGGAAGAGCAAGAAGAGGGAGAAGAAGAGGACGAUGACGACGGUGACCAGACGGAGAAACUAAAAUCAGAGGAAUCCGGUGGCUCUGAUGCGACGGAUGACGGUAACGACGAUCAUGAUAAUAAAGGGGCCAAUAACGGGAAGCGCUCCGCAAAAAAACGGUCAAAGAAGCUAAACCAUGAAGUCAAGAAAAAAGUAGGUGGUUUUUGCAAAUUAUCUAGUCUCUCCCCACAACUCCAGGAGUUAUUAGGGGUGCCUACACUAGCGAGGACUGAGGUGGUCAAGCAGAUAUGGGCUUAUAUUAGAGAGAAGAAUUUGCAAGAUCCAGCUAAUAAGAAAACUAUAAUUUGUGAUGAGCCAUUGCAUGCCCUUUUUGGUGUUCAAUCCAUUGAUAUGUUUCAGAUGAAUAAGGCUCUAUCAAAGCAUAUCCGGCCACUGGAUUCAGAUGAUGUUGUUCCUGUCAAGUCAAUAGAGAAGGAAAUACAACGUAAGCAAGAGAGAGAAGAAGAGUCAGAUGAACCUAAGAGAAAAGAAAAGCGACAGAAAGGAGCAAGUGCAGAGAGAGGAAAAUCAGGUAUUCUUGCUCCUCUUCAACUUUCUGAUGCUCUAGUGAAGUUCCUUGGUACUGGAGAACAUGCAUUGUCAAGGGCAGAUGUCGUAAAGAGAAUGUGGGAUUACAUAAAAGAAAACAACCUCCAGGAUCCAUCUGACAAGAGGAAAGUAAUAUGUGAUGAAAAGCUGAAGGAACUUUUUGAUGUUGACUCCUUCAAUGGCUUCACUGUUUCAAAACAAUUGGCCUCUCAUUUCGUCAAGAGCUGAUGGUUGAGUGGGUCCUAUGCCAUCCUCCUUAAGGUCAAGAGAUAUAAGGUUUACAAUUUAGUCUUUAACUUUCUCCCUUUUUCUUCUUUCUUUUUCUCAUCUUUUCUCUUCUUUUAUGUAUUUUCCUCAUCUUGUCUAUUGACAGUUCAAAUAGAAAAAAAUCUGAGAUUCAAUUAAUUGUUUCUGUUCAAGAAACUCUUUUCAAGGGAGCUGUGAAAUGAACUCAUCUUUCUUUCUUGAAUCAUCUUUCUUGAGAAAAUUGAGUCAACUUUACUGUGGUGGACAAUUUGUACAUCCUUUGUUAACAUGAAAUUAUAUCAAAUAAUUUCUUUUUUUAAAGAAAAUAUUUUGAUACUG